AUGGCUGCGGACACUUCUUACAAGAACGAACUUCUGCCCCUCCUACUCAAAGCCUCCGUCCUGUCCUUCGGCUCCUUCACCUUGAAAUCCGGACGGGUUUCGCCCUACUUUUUCACAUCAUCCCUACUUCACACCUCCGUCUUGCUUGGAGCCCUCGCCCGUGCAUACGCAUCAGUCCUUGCCGCUCCUCCAUUCUCUCUACCACUAGGUACUGAAGAGGCGGGCGCCGACGCCGAUGGGGCCUUAUCCCCCCACUUCGACAUCCUCUUCGGACCUGCGUACAAGGGCAUUCCCCUGUCAGCCAUAGUGACCCGCGAGCUGGAAUUUCACGGCAAGGCUUUUCAAGGUGUGUCGUACUCGUUCAAUCGAAAAGAAGCCAAAGACCAUGGUGAAGGUGGCACAAUCGUUGGUGCGCCUCUCAAGGAUAAGAGAGUGGUUGUCAUUGACGAUGUAAUGACUGCCGGCACCGCUCUUCGUGAGGCUGUCUCCAUCAUACAAGCGCAGGGCGGCAAAGUUGUGGGAGUUGUCCUGUUGCUCACCAGGCAAGAACGUGUAAGUGACGCGGAACCGAGAAGCGCCAUGAAAGUGGCCGAAGAUGAGCUAGGUAUUCCUGUACGUGCAGUCUUGACCUUCGAGGACAUCGUGGAAGCCAUCCGAGAUGGCAAGAUCGCGGACGCGGGAGCCGAGCAGCUCGAACAAAUGCGCAUUUACCGCGAAAAAUACGGUAGCAAGGACUGA